GACCACGACGUCCUUGAGCCAGUCCAUUCUUUUCUAUGGAUGAAUUGUUCAGAUCUCCCCUCGCUUCGUCGCACAAAUGCAUGUCAAAGUCACUCUUCAAAGCUUUUCAUGUGUUCUCUCUGUGAAAAUACAUCCUUCUCGCUCGUUCAUCCCUCGUGCUUUGAUCCCGCUCUGUUCAAGGCUCGCGAAGACUGGCGACAUAUCAAGUAUUCAUUUCGCUCACGUGAUGCAGAUGAAGAAGGACAACAGAUCAUUCGAGAGCAUCGAGGAGUAUCAUGGACGCCACUCAAUUAUCUUGCCGGAUGGCAGCCCGCCGGAAGUGCAGCCCUCGAUUUUAUGCAUUGCGUAUUUCUGACGAUGGUCAAGCACGUCACGAAGGUUAUAAUUUAUAGUCAUGGCCUCCUCAAUCCUACACGUGGCGCCAAUCCACUCGAGCGACUAGAAACCUUCUUUGAGGAACUAGUUUGGCCACCCGAGGUCACACGCAUGCCACCCUCGAUAUCCAUUGGGAAAGGUUCAGUCAAAGCUGAUCAAUGGCGAAACUUGAUCAACGUCCUAUUCGUUGGCCUAUAUGUCGCAUGGCAACAUGAUGCUCGACUACGCCAAUACGCACUCGCUCAAAACGCCCUAACUCCACCUGAAGUACUGGAUCAGUUAUCGAACGUCAAACCCGAUCGUAAUCUUCGGCGACAUUAUGAUGUUCUCCUUGAGUUCACAGUCGCAGUUCGGAUACUUGGUACGCGCGAGAUCUCACCUCGCGACGUCCAACGGGGAAGCGCUGCUCUUUCGCGUUCUACCCAAGCUUGGGCUUCAAUGCAUAUUCCUCUCACGCCGUACUGGCAUUUCGGUCAACACCUCGGAGAGCAACUCUACAAGUACGGCCCAACGUAUGGGCACUGGACGUUCCCUUACGAGCAGCAUAACGCCAAGCUACUCCGGUUUAAGCACAACCAUCACAAAGGUGGUGAGCUGGAGUGUACCCUCAUGCGAAGAUGG